UGUACACAUCGAUGUCGAUUUCGACGGUCGCUGAAAAUCGCUCGCAACCGUUGGAAACUGGUGCAAACUGUGUUUGGACGGUUGGCUCCGGGGAGUUCUGUUCAGGCAUAGUUUGUCUGGAAUGCUGGAAGAGUGACCCACAAACUUUCGGUGCGGAGACUCUUCAUCAGCCAGGGUUGCCACAAUCGCCGCGAGAUGUCGGCAGCCUCCGUCCGAGCCGGCAGAGGUACGAUUCGUAAGCCAACAAACAAAUUUGUCGUAUUGACGAAACCAAAAUCUUUUUCUCUUUUUGCAGCUUCUGUGGACGCAGACAUUGGGGGGUCGUCACAACGGCACCGCGCGCAGGAUCUGGAGAUUGAGCAGCGUUAUGCCAACCUGCUCACUCCGAUCAGGGACCUCACGAAAAACUGGGAGGUGGACAUCUCUGCCUACCUGGACCAGUACCUCGAAGAGCUUUCGCAAACGCCGGUCGGCUAUCAGAAUGGAGAGUCUACAGUGAACUUCACGGAGGCUGCUUUUCUUAUCCAAGGAAGUGCCUCUGUGUAUGGCAAGAAGGUGGAGUACCUUUACUCCCUCGUUCAGAAGCUGGCCAGCGAAAUGACUCACAGAGGCAAUACUGGCGAAACUGGCGAAGAUGCUCAAGGUGUGGCCAAGACAGGUGCUGGUGCUUCCCAUCGUCGAAAAGCAGACUAUGGCUUCUCCCUCCAAGAGGACAUGGGCCUGGGGGAAAACCUGGACGACGCGGUAGGCGGACGGACAGGCAGGGCCGGCCGCAAGACCCGCCUCAAGCGCCAGAGGCGGCUGCCUCUUCAGCUUGUCCUGUUUGAGGAAGACAAGCAGACCCGCCUCCUUGACGUAAAGGGGGACGUGGUGGGCCACCAGUCGGACUACAUGUUGCACGAGCUGCCGGGGUGCUCGUGCGGCCCCGAUCGGUGCCGGUGUCACCGCACCAGCCUCGAAACGCAGCGGAGGCUCGACGACUCUGACGAGGUGUCCAUGGCAGAUCCGGCGGACUUUGACGGCGGCUGUCCCAGCAUCUCCGACGACUCACAUUUGAGUGGUCAGCUUCCGGAAUUGGACAUCAGUGGCCUGGGCGCGCUUCACGAGGACGUUGGCGCAUUCGAGGAGUGUAGGGCCAAGCCGGACGUUGAGCCCGAGUCGGAGCCGACUCCCGUGCCGCUUCCGCGCAACUCCAGCGUCGGCCGGCGCAUCAAGGAGGAGAACCGGGUCAAGAAAGAGGACAUCAUUUUGGUGCACAAGUUCUACGACCCGAUGGAGGACACCUCCGCGCUCAACAAACCGAUCAAGAUCAUGCGGAGGGCAAGAAAACGGCCGCUCAAGGAAUCUGACGAUGUUCCGCCCAUCUACGUCCGCUGGGCCAUCGAAGGGCCCUUCCCCGAAGCGUAUCGGAAGGAGCUGGAGCUGCAGAAGAAGGGGGAGAUCAUGCCGGGCGGAGAGCGGCUAUACAAGAAGGCACUAGAGGCCAUGAAGAGCAUGGAUGCCGCGGAGAAGGAGGGCUUCGAGGAGACCGUGCCACCAGAGGAGGAUGACGACGGCUGUGCGGCUGACGAUCCCUGCGAACCCGAACCUGACGAAGAAAAGGGGAUAGACUGGCCGGACUUGGGUCCAGACGGGCUUGCCGAGCCCGAACCAGGUGCUACCGCAGCUGCCUCCGAAGAGGGUUCCGACAAGGACUCUUACGGCACGCUCGUCCACAGUUACCUACGGGAGUGCCAGGAGCCCAUGAACAGCUUUCAGCUGACGGAUCUACAGAAGAGGGUGGCCGAGUGGGAGAACAAGAUCCGGCCGACCUUGGAGGAGGAGGAGGAGCAGCGGGAGCCCUACGACAUCCGCACCUACUGCGGUCGUCUGCUGGAUCGCUUCGGCGACGGUCCCAGCAAGCAAAGCAUGGCCUUCCGGUCCGUGGUCCAAGGGGGACCGGUCUGGGAGGUGCCACGCUACUUCGUGGCCUCCUUGCAGCUGGCAAACAACCGCAAUGUGGCACUGACCACAGACGGCGUCCUCGAUGCCGGCAUGGACACGCUGCAGUUGACGCUGCUCUCCCGGAGGCAGCACUUCGAGGAACUGGAUGAUUUUGGCUCCAGCCAAGCCACCAGCCAGGCCCCGGGCCAGGCCCCCUCCGGCGAGAGCAGAAAGCGGAAGGCCGCCAAGCAGGUGGUGCCGAGGGUGCGGAUCGAGGACCCCGGGGACGUGCUGCGGGAGAACCCACUGGUGCUGGAGCCAUGCCGGGACGGCAGCAGGGAAGCUCGGAUCGGCGGCGAGAGGCCGCCGCCUGGCAGCCAUGCGAGGGCACGGAUGCGCGCCAAGGCAGCCGCAAUGGCCGCGCUCGCAGAAGAUUCCGACGACGGAGGCAACGACGAGAACGUCGCCAUUGCCUGAAUUCGCUCGCCUUAGGAGGAAGUGUGGCGCGGUCCCCCCCCCCCCCCUUUCAUCAUUACUUUUUAUAACCUUCUAGCUGUCCCUUUAUUUUUUUUAUAACUACUAAUUUCCGUCCUUCAUUGCUUUUAAGAAUUUACACAGCUGUCCCUAAAUUGGAAGCAACGUUUUUAAUUUAGGCACUUCUCUCGAACAUGGGGGAAACGUUGUUCCCCGUCAUCCUUUUUAUCUUUUAAAAUUCAUACAUUCUCUUUCUAUGAAUUUACACAGCUGUCCCUAAAUUGGAAGCAAUGUUUUUAAUUACGGCGCUUCUCUUUAACAUGGGGGAAACAUUUUUCCCCGUCGUCCUUUUAAUCUUUUAAAAUUCAUACAUUCUCUUUCUAUGAAUCCUGUUUGGGGCGCGUCUUUCCGGGUUCACACGUCGCGGUCGCAGUCUUUAGCCGAUGCAAACUUUGACGCGGGAACUUGUGCCGAAGGACCAUUUCGGAUUCCCCUUUCUAGGCCUGCCCAUACUUAUUUCCGACGAUUGGACCGCCCCAGCAGCUUUCGCACCUCGUCCGAGGCAGGCUUGCGAGCACCAUCGUCGUAGCUGUGGCAGCACUGUAUGGGAACAGGGCGACGCAGUGCCUUAGCACCUGAAGCUCUAAACUGGCUGCAAGUAACUUUGCAGAGCCUUCACUGUCCCACCCCCGCUUUCAUAAAGUGUGGGGGACUCGUUCCGUGCCACCCUUCUCCCAGUUUUAGAACAUUCUGGACUCAUCCUUCAGUUCGGUUUUAUUUAUAUAUAUAUAUAUGUGUAUAAUCACCCCUCACGAGUUGUAAAUAGUGUAAAUAGGACGGAGGUACAUACAGCAUUGGACGUCUGUCAAAGGACAGAUGCCGGUUUUAUUUUCGGAAAUUGUGCGUACAAUACUGUCGGUGGAAGAAGGGUGUUGGUUGUAAAGUUCACUCGUUCCUCUAACCGUUCCGUCUGGUGAAAUUGCUGCCCAUCUGACGUUAAGUUUGCAAGACUUUCAUUUUGUACAUGUCCUUAAUUGCGCAAAUUCUGAUUAAAAUUGUUUUGCACAACACUGCGCCUGGUUUCGCUGGUUUUCAGUUGGACACAUAAUUGGCGCAUUGAUUUAAUUGACUUCCUCGGAUUUUCCUGCAGCACACAUACUCUCAUGCAAGUAGACCUGUAGACGAAAUUGGGAUUUGCAGUUUAUUUCCUUGUACUGACUAGAACCUUAGCCUGGGCUGUUUCGUAUGUAAA